CAGCGCCAUAUAAGCGGCCGCGCCGCUCCCCGCCCGUGCUCGUCAGCACCGAUGUGGGCUGAGCUGCCAUGUUCGCCAUGAAGCGGAACGCGGUGGUCGGCUUCAACCUGUGCUGCGGGGUCGGCGGCGGCCCGGCCAUGGCUCCCGCGUCCCCGGGGGGCAGCGCGGCCCCGCCGGCCCCCGCCGCGGCGCCCGCCACUGAGCGACCGCGGGCUCUGAUUGGCUCCCCGGGGGUCUGGACCACCGCCGCUCGCCCUGAGGUACCCAGCUCGUUGAUUGGCUGCAGCGCAGCCCCCCACUCCUGGAUUGGCCGCGGCGCGGCCCCCCGCUCGCUGAUUGGCUGCGGCGCGGCGCGAUGGAGCCCCGAAGAAGAGCUGGACGGCUACGAGCCCGAUCCCGAACGCGGCCCCGCGGGGGAUUCGCUGCCCGGGACCCCGCCGGGACCCCCGGAGCCGCCCGAUGGGCUGCGGCAGGACUCGCUGGAGCUCAUCAGCCGCUACCUGCGGGAAGCAGCGGGUGAGGCUGAGCCCGGCGUCAAGAAGCAGCUUUUUCCGGGGCUGCUGUGCGGACCCGGGCGGCCCGGCGGCUCGGGCGACGCGGUGAUGGAUAAAGCGCUGGACACGCUGAGGAGAGUCGGUGACGGCGUCCUGCAGAAACACGAGCUCGCCUUCCAGGGGAUGCUGCGGAAGCUGCAGAUCCAGCGCGAGGAGGACCUGCGGGCCGUUUGCGAGGUGGCCGCGCACAUGUUCAGCGACGGGGUGACCAACUGGGGCCGCGUCGUCACCCUCAUCUCCUUCGGCGCCUUCGUGGCCAAGCACCUCAAGAGCAUCGGGCAGGAGCGCAGCAUCGGCGCGCUGGCCGCCAUCCUCACCGACGCGCUCGUCUCGUCCAAGCGAGAGUGGCUAACGAGCCAGGGCGGCUGGGAAGGAUUUGUGGACUUUUUCCGCGUGGAGGACCUGGAGGGCAGCGUGCGGAACGUGCUGAUGGCGUUUGCUGGCGUGGCCGGCCUGGGCGCCAGCCUGGCCUACAUGAUCCGCUGAGCGCCGCCCCGCUCCGGCCUAACAGAGCCGGGCUCAACACAGACCCCCGGCGCCCCCCCGGCGCCCUCCGGCUUAGACCCACGAGGAUUUAUAUCGUUUUGGGGGGAAAAGCGGAAAAAAUUGGAUGUUCCGCUCCCGUGGAGAGGACGAGGACAGAAAAGGAGCGCGGGCAGGACCACCCGGCGCCGGAGCCUCCAGGAGUGUUGAUUUGCUGCAAAUGGCGUUUUCCGCCAAAAUUCGCGCCUUUUUUCAGAGCAGAAGGCGAGAGAACCUGUAAAUACCGAUAAAUCUGUAAAAUACGGACUUUUUACAGAGCGAACAACACAAAAAAGGAUGAGUUGUGAAUGUGGAAGCGCUUUGGGUGGCGAAGCCUCGUGCGACACGUGGGUGUCGCCUCGUUGUCCCCACCGCUUGCUGCCGGCAGUCGCUAUUUCUCUCGAUUUUCAUUAUUUUUGGAUAUUUUAGCCCUUUGGCGGCGGGAAGUUGCCCCUUCCAGGCGUUUUGACCCCAGGAAGCCGAGAUUUGAAUGUAAAACGUUCCGGAGCCGAAAGCUUUCCAAUUCCGGAGCAGCGUGGAGCGGUGCCGGUGCAUCGUGGGGGCUGGCGCCGGCGCGGCCGCUCGCUGCCCCCACGGCCGCGGGUUUGCUCAAUAAAUCUCGUGUUGUUCUCAGUG